GUUUGGACUUAUAGGGUCAGAUAUGCCAUCCUAAAAUAGUCAAAAUUAUAACAAAAAUAUUUAAAUAAAUGGUCUUACGGAUUAUGUAAACACUAAAAGUUAUCCAAGUUAGGCCAGGCCACGCCACCACACUGAUCCGCAAAUAAUCGAGUGUCCGCCGUCCCCAGUCUUUGUCACCCACCGCAUUGGAGCAGAGGAUAUCCGGAAACCAGCUGCCGGCCACCACGUAAUCAAUCAUUUUAUGGACUAAUAGCAGUUCGGCGCCAACCAACCAGCCCCACAGCAAUAUGCACAAAGCCAUUAAAAACAAAUCCAGGUUGCUCUUCGGUCUCAAGAACUCGAAAGCGGAUCUGACUACGGCCAAGUUUAUACUAUAUUAUGGACCCUGCGUAGCUGAUAGCGAUAUCUACGAUUUAACGGACUACCAGAGCCUAUUGGAAGAUGAGAACUUGGACUUGGACAAGAACACCGUGCUCUACUUGCAUGGCUACUUGGAAGACCCGGAUGUUGAGAGCAUACAUGUCAUUGCCGAGGCCUAUUUGGAGCGCAAGGAUACCAACCUGAUUGUCCUGGAUUGGGGAGAACUGGCCGAUGGCAACUAUAUGUUCGAUGCCUUUCCCAAUGUCAAGCAACUGGGUCCGGAAUUGGCCAAAGUCCUUCAAAUGUUUGAUCACGGUCUGGAUAUUGAGAAAUUCCACGUUGUUGGACACUCAAUGGGCGGUCAACUGGCCGGAGUCCUUGGGCGCGAGAUAAUGAAGCGCACAAACGGUGUCAGAAAAUUGAAAAGAAUUUCCGCUUUAGAUCCCGCCUUUCCGCUUUACUACCCAGGAACACAUCUGUCCAGAAAGGAUGCAGAGUUCGUGGACGUUAUACACACGGAUGCCUGGAUGUAUGGAGCGCCGACAAGCACGGGAACGGUGGACUUCUGGCCCAAUGGAGGCAACAGUCUACAACCCGGUUGUCCGAAGCGCAACUACAAAAUGCUCAGUGACAACGAUCUGUCCAGUCAUCGGCGAAGCUGGUGGUUCUGGGCCGAGAGUGUUUCGGAUCGCUAUCCUAUCCGAUUCGAUGCGGUGGCGGCUAAGAACUGGGCGGAAUUUAAGCAAAGGAAAACUAUUGAGACGUGCCAACCGGUGGUGAUGGGUCAUCACUGCCCUACGUCGAUAUAUGGCGACUUUUACUUACAAACCAAUGGACAAACCCCUUUUGCUCGGGGAAAGGAGGGUACAGUGUAUGUGGAUCCCAAGGAUCUGCUGGGUAACACUCCCAGCAUUACCUGUGACUGUCCACAGCAGCACUGAGUAAUAUAUUUUUAAUGUACACAAUACUAACAAAUCAAAUUGUGAACAAUUGCACUUGAUUAAAUUGUGUACAUUUAAAAUGUAUUUACACAUAGCUUUUAAUACGCUUCACAUCACAUUUCGCUUUACGAAAAAAUAUAUACUUAAAGUUUGUUGUUGACCCAA